AUGUGUAUUAAUAGACGUGUGGUCUGCAUAAAGUUCAAGUUGACAUCUGCAAUAUUGAUCGAAGGUGUUGGAGAAGUUCCGACCCAUUACUAUCUUCAACCAUGUGAUGCCUCGCGGCCUCUUCGAUAAAGAUGAAGGAGCGUAUUGAAGAAAAUCGUGUUGGAACGUCUCGUUCAAAUAGUAUAAUUGAUGAUGCAAUUAGUAGAGUUUUCGGUACCAAUCAUGACCAUGUACGAGGAUUAGGAUUCGGUGUAACUUUGUCGAAGUUGUCUACAUCAACUCAAAAAGAUGAAACUAUUGCAUCUCUUGAAAGAAAAUGUAACAACCUAACAACAGAUGUAGAUGAACUGAAAUACAUGAUAGCUUCCUUAAUAAGGGACAAGGAAAGAAUGAAGGAACGAGAUUCUAAUAAUCUUGUUAGAGAAUCAAGAUUAGCAAAUAAUCCAGUUCCAGUCCUAAAUUCCCCAUAGGUAAAUCCUAUUUACUACACGACCAUAUACCUUCUUCUAAACGAUCAAGCAUUGUCUAUAUGAUAGACUCUGCCCUUCUCCCACUAGCUUGGUCGUUGUAUACGAUCUUCUUUUCUCCUUCCCUCUACAAAAUUCCAGUAGAGCCCAUUCUUUGGAUUCUCACAUUGAGAAUACCAAGGGUUCUAAGUGGUGGUGUCAUCCCCAUUGUUGCAAUGUUCGUGUGGAGGCCGUUCGUGAGUAGACGACGGGAGUUUCGGUGAACGAUUGCUUGGACGUUCCAGUGAGAGUGAGAGGAUUCAUUCCUUGGAGAGAGCGAGAUUUCGAUGAAAAAAGUUCUUCAACUGAGGAGCAUCUUCCUAUUCCAACUCCAAAUGCCGUUUGGAAUGUUCGGGAGGCGUACGAGUGAUGGACACAUGCGAACGAGAAGGAUAACUGUGUCUGGCUUUGUAUGUUAGUUCUUUCUAUCACAACUUUUAAGUCAGAUAUAGA